GCGGUGCUAAAAAUUUGAACUUCGAACAUUGAAAAGAAAUGGGAAAAAAACUGGGAAAUGUCCCGCCAUUGAAGUCCGCGUUCUCCAUUCUGAAGAAGGCUCUCACUUCUUCUUCUGUUCUUCCUACCCGUUCUGCCGCCACAACCGCCGAGCUCUCUCCGUCGGUCACUCCCGCUGGCUUUCUCGCUUUCCGUGAAACAGAUACCUCUUAAGGGACCACGCUCACUGGCGAAGGUCAGUUUUCGGUUAAACCUAACUUCAUUUGGUCACUGAAUGUCUCCGGCGAUUGAAUUGAUUGGGAAAUGAAAGCUACAGUUUCUGUUUCUCUCUGGAUUGUGAAUUAUUUUGAACCUCCACCAUGGGCGUUGCCUUCUGAUCUGCUGCUGAUUGUUUGGAUUUGAUGCUCGUCUGUGGUUUUGGGUUUUUUUUCUUACGUUCCAUUCUACUUGCUGCGUCUUUUCAGAGUAUAGUAUGGAGCUUUAGCAGGAAGGCUAGCCAUCGAGAGUUGCUGAUAAGUUCCUGAUGAGCAGUGAGAGACAUAUGAAUCUGAAUCUAAGCAAUUCAGGUAAAGGUUCAAGGGGGAAGGAGAAUCAGCAGCCUAGAGUGAAUUGGUCCCAGCAUGCAAAGGUAUACGACAAAUCAUCAGCGCAAAGGGAAGUUUUGAGCUCGAGUUUCCUGUAUUCUCUAGAAUCUCAGAAACCUCAAGUUGGAGUAGAAAUGGCGAGAAGGCUAGCCUCUUGUCAAGUUCAAACUGUGCAGAAACAGCUCAGUCCACAAGUUGAAAAGGCUUGGCUCGCUCUUUCUAAACUUCAAGUAUCUAGCCGGAGCUACAGUCGACCUGGGAAAACUGGUGCACUAAAGAAUGUGCAAAGUAGACAGGGACAUGCAGCUGUUUCACAGAGCUCAUCUACUGUUCCUAAAUAUAAUGAAGGUGUGGUUGCACAUAACAUCCAUCGACCCAGUCUUCCGAAUGGUGAAAGUACAGAGCAUACAAGAUCCAGUUAUUAUGAAGUGUCAAAAGCUGUUGGAAAAGCCUCUUGGGCUAGUGGUACCAUGCCUGCAGCUCAUUCUGGUCCCUCCAGCAAUCAUAGUAUGAAUAUUGCAGAAGGGCCAACUGACUAUAUGGAUGAAGACGAUUUUUUCCAGAGCAUAGACGUUGAUCAAAUAGCUUUGGAACACUACCAUUCUGGUUGCACACCUCAACCUUCAGCUUCUAAGUCUCAAAUAAUAAGUCCCUCUGUGAAUAAAGAUAACUUCACUAGCCCAGAAGACCCAUUUAUACCACCUGAGUUAUCAUCAAACUGCAGUCAUGGACUUCAGCUAGGGCUCUGUCCACAUGGAACUGCUCAUAUGCAGGAGAUAAAGGACAUGUUACUCAACAUUUCAAACGAAUUACUUGAUAAUGCCAACCUUCAUCCUGCAGAGAUGGAGAAGCUUCGUCAAGAUAGGUUGAAACUGAAUAGACAGCUCCAGCAACUUGAGGGCUAUGUUAGUAAUCAGGAGAGGCAAAAGUCAAAUCUUUAUGCAUCCACUACAACAGUCAACCUCCAAUAUGGAACACCUCAGAUGGCAGCAUUCAAAAUGCAGCCAAAUGAUUAUGUACAGAACAAAUCAGGUGCAAGAGGGUAUGAAAAUUGGAACUCUUCAUCUCUUCAAUUCACUCCCAUGGAUGGAUUUGGGGGUUCAUAUACUCCUGUGGAGAGGGAGCCUUAUGUACCAAAGUUUGCUGAGGUGAACUACAGUGAAGGCUCAAAUGACCCUAAGUGGAGCAGUUUAAAUUUCUCAUGGGCAAAACAACUUGAGGAGAAUAACAAGAAAUUUUUUGGGAAUCAUUCUUUUCGCCCCAAUCAAAGGGAGGUGAUUAAUGCCACAAUGAGUGGCUAUGAUGUCUUUGUUCUAAUGCCUACUGGAGGAGGAAAGAGUUUGACAUAUCAGCUUCCUGCUUUGAUCUGUCCAGGGAUAACAUUAGUAAUUUCUCCACUCGUAUCACUUAUCCAAGAUCAGAUAAUGCAUCUUUUGCAGGCAAACAUACCUGCCGCUUAUUUGAGUGCCAAUAUGGACUGGUCUGAACAGCAGGAGAUCAUGAGAGAACUUUGCUCUGAUUAUUGUAGAUACAAGCUGUUAUAUGUCACACCAGAAAAAGUUGCAAAAAGUGAUGCUCUUUUACGCAACCUGGAGAGCUUAAAUGCUCGUGGAAUGCUUGCCAGGAUUGUAAUUGAUGAAGCUCAUUGUGUGAGUCAGUGGGGACAUGACUUUAGACCAGAUUACAAGGAACUUGGAAUCCUAAAAAAGAAGUUUGAGAAAACUCCAGUUUUAGCUUUAACUGCUACUGCAACAGCUAGCGUGAAAGAAGAUGUUGUGCAAGCGCUUGGUCUUGUUGAUUGCAUUAUUUUCAGACAGAGUUUCAAUAGGCCAAAUCUAUGGUAUGCGGUGAUCCCAAAGACAAAGAAGUGUUUGGAUGACAUCGACACGUUCAUUAAGGAAAACCAUUAUGAUGAAUGUGGAAUUAUUUACUGUCUUUCAAGGAUGGACUGUGAAAAAGUAGCUGAAAAGUUGCAGCAAUGUGGACAUAAAGCAGCAUUUUAUCAUGGUAACAUGGAGACUACUCAACGUGCUUUUGUCCAGAGACAGUGGAGCAAAGAUGAAGUUAAUAUAAUCUGUGCCACAGUGGCAUUUGGAAUGGGUAUCAACAAACCUGAUGUUCGCUUUGUGAUUCAUCAUUCUCUCCCAAAAUCCAUUGAAGGUUACCAUCAGGAAUGUGGACGUGCUGGUCGAGAUGGUGCCCGCUCAUCUUGUGUGUUGUACUACAGCUACAGUGACUAUAUACGGGUUAAGCAUAUGCUUGUACAAGGACAGGGAGAGCAAAGUUCCUGGACAUCUGGAUAUAAUCGUGGAAACACAUCAAAUUCAGAUGGGAUAUAUGAGAAAAAUACUGAAAAUCUACUCCGAAUGGUGAGCUAUUGUGAAAACAACGUCGAUUGUAGGCGUUUCCUACAGCUUGUGCAUUUUGGGGAGAAGUUUGAUUCUGGGAACUGCCGGAAAACAUGUGAUAACUGUACAAAGACCAAAACCUUGGUGGAGAAGGAUGUCACCUUGAUAGCAAAGCAAUUGGUGGAGCUGGUAAAAAUGACUGGACAAAAAUAUUCAUCUUCUCAUAUUCUGGAAGUCUACAGAGGUUCCAUGAGCCAAUUGGUAAAGAAACAUAGACAUGAGUCUGUGAGUCUACAUGGAGCUGGAAAACAUCUUGCGAAAGAAGAGGCCUCUCGUAUAAUGCGCCAUCUUGUUGUCGAGGACUAUCUUACGGAGGAAGUUAAGAAAAGUGAUGUCUAUGGAUCUGUUUCAUCAGUGCUAAAGGUGAAUGCGCACAAAACUUCAGAUCUAUACACUGGCAAGCAGAUCCUGCUAAGGUUCAUAUCAUCUGCAAAAGCCUCUAAGAUAUCCAAAGCUGAUGCCACUCCAGCAAAAGGAACAUUGCAGCCUGACAAGCUAAGUCCUCCAUCAGCUGACACUACGGCAUCCGCUGUACCUAAAGUCAAUAAGGACCUAGCCGACCACAUAUACAAUGCUCUACGACUGCUUCGAACUAAUCUUGUUAAAGAGGCUGGCGAAGGGUGUAUGGCAUACCAUAUAUUUGCGAAUGCCAUUCUGGAUCGAAUCAGCAGAAGGAUGCCCAGAACAAAGGAAGAACUCCUGGAGGUCAAUGGAAUUGGAAACAUUAAGCUAACCAAGUACGGGGAUCGGGUGCUGGAAACCGUAGAAGCCACAAUCAGAGACUUCUACAGCAAGGAUGGAAGUGGGAGCAGCAGCAACAGCACUGAUUCGGGAAAGAGGAGGAGAAAUGGUGCUGCCGCUGCUAACAAUGGCGAUGGCUGUGACAUGGAUGACGACGACGAGGAGGAUGACUUCAUCGUGAAAAGCACAGGUCGGUCGAAGAAGAAGAGGCUGGCAAAGAAGCAGCAGCAACAACCGCAGCAGUGCAACAAUGGCGGUGAUGUUUGUAAUAAUAACGGGAAUGGAUACACACUUCCUCCCGAGGAAUUCUUGGACGAUGAGGAUCUAGUUUUCUACGAUUCGAGUGGCGAGUUUGAAGCGGCCGUUGCUGGAGCCACAACGCCGGCGGUUGAUCAGAAGAACAGUGGAGGAAGAGUGUUGCCUUCUUGGGUAACGCCGGCCAGCAAGGUGGUUCGGACGUAACGUAAAAAGGCUUUCCUUACUAACAGCUAGCUAAUGGAUGAUCGACAACUUGUCGUUACGCCACGUGAUGACGCGAUACUGGGAAACCUAUGGUUGUUGCUUACGUCACUAGCAGAACCGUCACUUGAGCUCUGAUUUUUUUACGACAUUAUUGUGUUAAUUUACAGCGAUUAAAUAAAUAAUUAUUCCAUCUAAUUUUUAAUGAAAUGGAUUGAUUUUU